CAAGGAGAAGACGUGACGAUACGUUGGCCCACGCCUCCCGUCAAUCAAUCUUGAAGAAAAAGGAAAAGAAAAAGAAAAGAACCACCCAUCCAGCAGCAGUAGAGGCAGUAGCUGAGAAGGGAAGAGUGAUUGUGGUGGAGGCCGCGUCGGGCGCGGGGGGAAGGGGAAGAAGGCGAGGGCAAAGCGCGUCUCAAGGCGCUGGGGACGCCGCGGCUGGGCAUCUGCUGCUGUAUAGAGCUCCAUCGAUCCCCACUCACGCAGCAGCACUUCCAAAUCUCCAUUAGCUUUUGGAAAUCCAUACUAGAAGAUAGAUAUAUAGAUCUGCUGCUGCUGCUACAUCAGAAUCGCCGCUGCCUGCCUUCUUUGGGUUUCAUGUCGUUUCGAUUUAGGACAUUUAUCCAAGGAGACAUGAUAUGCUAGCUCAGGGAGUUCAGAUCCAUAUACAGGAGGCCCUAAGCAGGAAGCCUACUAGAUCUACUGCUAUCCAGCCCCAGUUGUGAGACCCUCACCUAGCUCGUCGCGGGCGGCUAGCCUAGCCCUGCCGGAGGGGAGAGGGGAGGAGCCGGUGUGGAAGGACUUGGAUGGCGAUGGUUCCUGGUUGAGGUUUCAGAAGGUCCAAGCUAGCUGAUAUAACAUGACUGCAGAAAAGCGUAUACCAUUACAUAUCUUACGUGAGAUUACAAAUGGAUUCUCAGAGCACUCAAGGAUUGGAAGGGGCGGGUAUGGAGAUGUUUACAAGGGAGUUUACAGUGGGAGAGAGAUUGCUGUGAAGUUGCUUCAUGUUGAUACGGUGCUAGGACAUGAUGACAGACAAUAUAUCAAUGAAGUUGGUAACCUUUUGAAGGUUAAGCAUCCAAAUAUUGUACAGUUACUUGGUUAUUGUUAUGAAAUACAGAAUGAACUAAUUGAACACAAUGGUGCAAAUCGUUUUACCCGACACGUAUAUAGAGUCCUCUGCUUCGAGUACUUGCAGGGUGGAAGCCUAGACAAGCAUCUUCGUGAAGAAUCUUUUGCACCUGAUUGGAGCACGCGUUACAAGAUUAUAAAGGGGAUUUGUGAAGGAUUAAAUUUCCUUCACAGCUGUGAACCACCAAUCUUUCAUCUUGACCUGAAGCCUGCCAAUAUAUUACUAGACAGUUCCAUGGCGCCUAGACUGGCGGAUUUUGGUUUGUCAAGGCUCUUCGGUGGAUCACACACUCAUGUCACAAACAGAGUUGUAGGAACCGAGGCGUAUAUGCCACCAGAAUUCAUAAAAGACGCCUAUAUCUCCCAUAAGAAUGAUGUCUUCAGUUUAGGUCUUGUGAUGAUAGAGAUAAUUAAAGGGUCUUCAGGUUACUCCGGUUAUAUAGAAACAGACGAAGUCGGGCAAUUUACGCAAAAGGUGCUUGGCAAUUGGAAGAAUAGGAUAAAGGCUACUUCGGAGUACCCAUUAGAGGAAUCACAUCAAGUGCAGAUAUGCAUUGACACAGCAAUGCGUUGUGUUGAACCUGACAGAAACAAUCGACCUAAUAUAGCAGAAGUUCUAGAUAUUCUGAGCAAGACAGAAACUCAUAUUCCCAAGAGACAGAUGGCAGAUGUGUUCCCGUGUCCAACAAUUGGUCUCAAGAGCGAGUCUAAUAUGUUGGAGAUAAUGGUAGCUGAACUAAACAAUAAUGAACACAUACAUUGCAAUUUGAUGCCAACAGAUAACUCUAACCGUACUGUGCAGCAACUUGCUGACAGGGAAACAUCAUCAGAUGUGGAACAAGUAAUCAUCGGAAGGACCAAGGAAAAACAGAAAAUAUUGUCUAUUUUAUCCGAGAGCAUCACAGAAGAAAUGGUCAACCUUCCAAUAUAUGGCAUUGGAGGCAUUGGCAAGACAACCUUGGCACAAUUGGUAUUCAAUGACCCAAAGUUCCAAGACUACACUCGGGUGUGGGUAUAUGUUUCCCAGGAAUUCAACUUGAACAAGAUUGGCAACUCCAUAGUAACACAGUUAACAGACAAGAUCAGCAAUAUACCUACCAAACAGAUGCUUCAUAAACACCUCAAAGAGCUAUUUGAUGGUAAGAGCAUCCUUAUUGUUUUAGAUGACCUGUGGGAGGAGAACCCAAAAGAGUUAGAUAAAAUGAAGGUUAUGCUAGGGCUUGGCCUAGGAAGCAAGGUGAUUAUAGUAACUACACGUGAUGGAGGUCUAGCAAGGAAAUUUUGUAGUCCUGCAGUUGCACCAUACAAGUUGGAGACUUUGACCGUUAAUGAGUGUUGGACUAUAAUAAAACAAAAAGCUGACUUUGAAGACCGAAUCGACCAAGAACAAUUGGAGCAUAUAGGAAGGGAGAUUGCGACCAAGUGUGGAGGAGUGGCCUUAGCGGCCCAAUCACUUGGAUACAUGUUGAACGGCAUGAGGUCAGAUGAAUGGGAGUCGGUGAGAGACAGUCAUAUUUGGAAUCUUUCUACUUCUGUGGGCCAUGAAGUGCUUGUGUCCUUACAGCUGAGCUACAGCCACAUGUCUGCUUGGUUGAAGUUGUGCUUUUCCUAUUGUGCAAUCUUUCGAAAAGGUCAGACAAUAGCCAAGUAUGAUCUAAUUCACCAAUGGAUUGCUCUUGGAUUCGUUGAGCAAUCUAGGAUAUUUGAUUCUAUGCAGCUCUGCGAAAAUUAUGUCACUCAACUUUUGGGGAUGUCCUUCCUUCAAUAUUCAAAGAUACCUUGGGGUUAUACACAAGAAGACAAAUAUAUUACAUUCUUCACGAUGCAUGACCUAGUGCAUGAUCUCGCAAGAGAGAUUUUGGCCCAUCAACUUAACACUGAGGGAAACAAUUGCCGCUAUGCAUUGCUCACAGAUUGUACCAAGUCAUUGCAGCUGUCUGUGGCUUUUCCUGCAAAUAUAUAUUCGCUGCACUUUAGGGGCUGUUACGGACAAGAACUUUGUGAUGGUGCAUUCUCGUCAGCUAAGUGCCUCCGUGUUUUGGAUUUAAGUGAAUGCUUAAUUAAGAAGUUACCUGGCUGUAUUGGUCAACUGAAGCAGUUGAGAUUUCUUCGUGCUCCAGGAAUCCGAUAUGAAAUGGUUCCCAGUUGUAUUACUGAGCUCUCACAGUUAAAUUACCUGAACCUUGGUGAUUCUGAUAAAAUCAAAGCACUGCCGGAGGCCAUUGGUGAUAUGACGCAUCUUGAUUUAUCAGGUUGUGUUGAAAUACGUGAACUUUCAAUUUCAAUAUCAUUCGCAGAGCUCAAGCAGCUGGUUCAUCUGGAUUUAUCACGCAGCAGUGUGUCUACAGCAGAAGCUUUGGGUGGCUGUACCAAACUUCAAUAUCUGAAUUUAUCAGGUAACAAGGAACAUAUCGGAAGGCUGUCAAAGGCCAUUAGCAAUCUAAUCAAACUCAGGUAUUUAAAUCUAUCGGGGUGCAUGAAUGCCAUGGCGCCGGCAUCAGAAAACGAAAUUGUCAGAUUGCUUGACUCUGUCUGUACUCUUUCUAAUCUAGAGCAUCUGGACUUGUCUAAGAAUAAAGCCUAUUCCAUCAGUAUACCAGAAAGUAUUGGCAACCUCAUGAAGCUUCAUACAUUGUACCUCUUAGACUGCACCAGAUUGAAGCUUCCUGCUGAUCUUGUGGUGCAUGCUUCAAGUGAUAAAUUUAGCAGCAAUAUCAGCCUGCUUUGUCUUGAAGUGCUGACGAUAUAUAGACUCGAAAAUGUGAAGUCUGCAGAAGAGGCACGAUGUAUAAAACGGACAAUGCUUCGAUGCCUUAAGGCACUUGCCUUUGUGUCUAUGACAUGUGGGCCCAACAGGUGGCUGGCCCACAUGUCAAUGACCCAAAGGCAGGUGCAGAUACAAAAAAUUAUAGAGCUAAGAUUUGAAUGGACUGUCGUGGGUGGGAGGUCUGUGGAUGACAAGGAGGUAUUGGAAAAACUAGUGCCACCAACCAGUGUGCAGAGAUUGUAUAUAAGUGGUUAUAGCAGUGUCAGCGUUCCUAAUUGGCUUAUGGGUAUCAGGCAGCAUCUCCCUAAUCUUUCUCAGUUAUAUUUCUGUGAUUUUCCUAAUUGCAAUGACCUACCAUCACUUGGUCAACUACCAUACCUACGAGAGCUAGGUCUGUGCCGCAUGGAGAGCUUGGAAGAGUGGAACACGGCAUAUACCAGUGGCGAGCCUAAGCUUGGGGCAUUGACCAUAGAUCAAUGUGCCAAGCUGAGGAUAAAACCAUGUGCACCAAGAGCUACGGUUUUGCGGAUAAUAGAUUCUGAUAAUGUGCUAUCAUCAUGGGAUGAGAACUCGUCACACGGUGGUGCUUCCUCUUCUCCAAUAACAAAACUGAUUGUCAAAAACACCAAGGUGCCCUUGCAUCAGUGGAGGUUGCUUCACCGACUCCCUGCCCUCCGUGAUUUAACUAUCACCGGUUGCAGUGAUCUGACCACCUCACCUAAGAUCAUCCAACAGUUCUCCUCGCUUGUAUCAUUGUCCUUCGACCAGGCAGAAUUGCCGAGUUGGUUGGCCAAGGUGACAUCUCUGCAGAUCCUAAGGCUGUCUGUGUGCAGAAGCAUGACGUCACUACCGCAGUGGUUAGGAAAACUUGCCUCUCUCAAGGAAUUGCAGAUCAUGCGCUGUGAGGGGAUCAGGUCUUUGCCUGACAGCAUACUACAACUGACUAAGCUUGAACAGCUAACCAUCCGUGGCUGCCCUACACUAGUGAAAUGGUGUGAAUCAGACUCAGAGGAGAACAAGAUGAAGCUUGCUCACAUCAGAGGGAUCGUCCCAAGAUCAUUGAUGGCACAGGAAGAGGACACAACAAAGGCCAUUCUAGCAGCUCCCAUUCAUGGUACUACUGUGAUGGAUGAGGCGGAUCCGGAUGUGCUGUAUAGUGCUGUGAUGAACAUGCCCGGCUUUGCUGAGGAAUAUUUAUUAGUUGCUCUGUCUCAGUUGAUGGACAACACUGCCCAGUGCUCUGCAUAUAUGGCCAUGAGCGAGGAAGACCGGGUAUCAUGGCUCAUUAACUUCUUGAAAAAAUACUACUCCCCCCGGCCCCAUUUAAUUGACGCGACCCGCAAGCUAAGUGGUAAAGCACACGAAGUAUAGGUCGGGACAGUUAAUUAGAGCCAGAGGGAGUACUACCUCCGUCACGGUUUAGAAGGCGCGCUUGGAAAUUCUCUGGGACCUAGGUGGUUAUCUAUUGGUUAUGAGAUGGGCUAAAAAAUAGCAUUCACACUACGCAUGCAUAUAGAAAUAGUAUAUCGGAGUACUAAUUAGCUACUAGAAAUAAAUGCAAUGCACCCUAAACCUUGUCUAUUGUGGAAACGCACGCAAAUUUAACUGUGCCUUCUAAACCGUGACGGAGGGAGUACUAAGUUUUAACUGUUGCUGGUUGGCGGUAAUUAUUUUGCAGCAUUAUGUGACUGUAAACAUACUGUAUGUUUUUUUGCUGUCAUAAGUGAAGAUAGAUGAGAUUUACAGACUGCAAGUUUCAGUGCAACACCUACUGUUUUGUUGCAGCAUCGUUUUGUGAAAAUUGAGAAGAUAAAUCUCAAUUGUUUAUCCAGUUCUCUAUCCCACUCCCUUACUGUCGUUAACAAAGAGGAGAAAUGGGUGCAGAUGAUGUGCAGUUAGCAGAAAAAUGGAAUAUACUGCAUUUUGUAGCUAAUGUGGUGAUCCUGAAUCUUACUGGAUUUAUCCCGUUUCACAAGUGAUGGUAUGGCAAACUGUGAUGUGAGUAUAUACAUUUUGUAGUAGAUACUCUGUACUGCAUUUCUUGUUGGAUUGGCUCAUGCAUAAGUGUCUAGAUUUCCAUAUACUUUGUGUUUUAAAUUUUUUUUGUUGUGUUCAACUUUACCUUGUUAUAAAUGUCUAGGUUUAGGUGAGCGAAAGGAAGCUCACAUCAGUAUGCCCAGGGCUCUGCAUAUAUGGCCAUGACUGAGGAGGACCGAGUAUCAUGGCUCGUGAACUACCUGAAAAGAUACUAGUAAGUUUGAACUGUUGCUGGCUGGGGGUAAUUAGUUUAUAGGAUGAUGUGACUGGAAGCAAACUAUUUUUUUUUUGCUGUUACUCCCUCCGUUCCUAAAUAUUUGUCUUUCUAGAGAUUUCAACAAGUGACUACAUACGGAGCAAAAUGAGUGAAUCUACACUCUAAAAUAUGUCUAUAUACAUCCGUAUGUGGUAGUCUAUUUGAAAUCUUUAAAAAGACACAUAUUUAGGAACGGAGGGAGUAUAAGUGAAGAUAGAUGAGAUUUACGGACUGCAAGUGUCAGUGCAAUACCUACUAUUUUGUUGUAGCGUUCUUUUAUGAAAAUUGAGAUAAUGAAUCUCAGUUGUUUAUUCAGUCCUCUAUCCCACGAAGAGGAGAAAUGGGUGCAGAUGAUUUGCAGUUAGCAGGAAGAUGGAAUAUAUUUGUAGCUAAUGUGGUGAUGCUGAAUCUUAUCGGAUUUAUUUAGUUUCACAAGUGAUGGUGUAGCAAACUGUGAUGUGAAUAUGUACAUUUUGCAGAAGUUACUCUGUACGGCAUUUCUUGUUGGAUUGGCUCAUGCAUAAAUGUUAAUUAUUUCCAA